UAAUAACCCGAUGACAAAUUGACAUCUGUGAAAUUGUUUCACAUUUCUGCGAAUCUGUGACAAAAGUGUUGUCACCUGGAACCGAGAUGUUGAUUACAAGUUCAUCGUGACUCAGACUUACAAUGACUUUAUUACACGCUCAUUUAGACGUAGGCUAAAGUAAACAUUAUAAAAUGACAACAGGGGUAUAAACAUAUGGAUCAGUAGAACUAAAAUGAAGUUGGAUAUAGAGUGAUGAAUUGUUUUCCAUGACAUGACACCUGUUACGAUGAUGCUACCUGCGCGAGUAAUGCUCCUGUGUGUACUUUGCUAUAAAGGCAUGGCUGAGAGUACACAAACACCAUCAACCUCUAGUGUGGCCCAAGGAGUUACAAAUACAUCCACAAUUUUGACUCAAACAGUUGAAAAUGUUUCCAUGACAGCUACUACAUCAGUUAACAAUGUAACGAUAAAGACCCCCUCAUUGUCUGAUAUUGACAAUGUUACCAUGACAACUGUGCUAUCUUCUGUAGUGGACAAUGUUACCAUGACAGCCCCCUCAUCUUCUAAAUUGGAAAAUGUUACUAUGGCGACCACUUUGUCUUUUGAAGGUAAUAAUGUUACCAUGACAGCCACAACUCCAACUGCAUUUCCUACCAAUGGUACAACCCCAAAUAUAUUCCUUAGCAACAGUACAACACCAAAUACAUUCCUUAGCAACAGUACAACCCCAAUUACAUUCCUUAGAAACAAUACAACUGCAAGCACAUUCCUUAGUAACAGUACAACCCCAAGUACAUUCCUUAGCAACGGUACAACCCUUAGUGCAUUCCCUAGCAACAGUACAACCCCAAGUACCUUUCCUAGCAAUAGUACAACCCCAAGUACAUCCCUUAGCAACAGUACAACCCCAAGUACAUUCCUUAGCAACAGUACAACCCCAAAUACAUUCCUUAAUAACAUUACAACACCAAGUACAUUCCUAAGCAACAGUACAACCCCAAGUACAUUCCCUAACAACAAUACAACCCCAAGUACAUUCCCUAGCAAUAGUACAACCCCAAGUACAUUCCCUAACAACAAUACAACCCCAAGUACAUUCCCUAGCAACAGUACAAACCCAAGUGCACCCCUUGCCAAUAGUACAACUGUAAGCUCAUUUCUUAAUCAUUCAAGUGCAGUUCCCUCCACUGGGACAAACAAUGGAGAUUUCAAUUCUACAAUGCCAAGUACAGACAUGCCAACCACUACAGGUGCUACAACAAGCUCAAUUACAACAAACCACUCAAUUACAACAUUAAACUACUCAACUGCAACAGUGAAGUACUCAGCUACAACUGAAUCUUUUUCAAAUGUGACAAUAUUUGACAAUACAACUAGUAUGUAUAAUGCCACAACUAUUGUACCAACUAAUAGUACAAUGCUACUUGGUAACAUUACAACAAUAAGCUAUUAUGCUACAACCCCACCGAGUAAUGAAACAACAACACCGAGUUAUGUUACAACAUCACCAAGUAAUGUUACAACAAGUUAUGCAAUAUCACUACCAAGUAAUGUUACAACACUAUUAAGUAAUGUAACAACAGUACAGAGUGAUGUCACAACAACACCAAGUAAUGUUACAGUUCCACCUAAUAAUAUAACAACACUCAAGAGCAAUUUUACAACACCCAGUAAUGUUACAACACCACCGAGUAAUGUUACAGUUCCACCUAAUAAUAUAACAACACUCAAGAGCAAUUUUACAACACCCAGUAAUGUUACAACACCACCGAGUAAUUUCACAACAUCGCAACCAGGAUUUAUAAUCACUACUGCGCAGUUGAUGAAUACAACAGUUUUUAAUACUACAAGUGUGGAAAUUACAACACAAGCUGUUAAUGUAACAUUGGAAAUUACAACUCCAGUUCUGAAUGCUACUUCAUCAGAGAACAAUACUCAACUGGAAACAACAACAUCUAAGUUGGAAAAUACAACAUAUUAUCCAUAUAUAAAUACAACAGUUUUACCAGUGAAUAUCACUACUCAAAGUAUGAAUGUUACAAAUGGUACAAUAAUAAAGGAAUCUACAACACUUGAUUUUACAACAAUUCCUAAUACAACAUUGAUAGUGACUACAACAGUUUUGGAAAAUACAACAUUACCAAUGGUAAUUACAACAAAAACCCAGUCAGAGGAAUCUACAAGUGCUGUACCAACAACAGAAAUAACAACUGAGAAGGCAACUACAACAACUGAGAAGGCAAUUACAACUAAAACCCCAACUACAACAACCAGACAACCUACAACACAGAGUACAACAAUGGAAAUUACAACACACCAGGAAACAACAACACCUGUAAUCACAACCCCUACAACACCAACGGAGACAACAACUAUUACAACAAAACCAAAUGUUACAACAUCAACCACAACAGCUGUGCCAAAUACUUCAACAGUAACACCUGCACCAGUUACUACAUCAACAUCUGUUCCUGAUACAACAUCAACAGCUGUAGGUGCUAAUACAACAGCAACAUCUGUAUCUAAUACAACUGCAUCAAGUAAUGGAUCUAAUACAGAACUACCAUUAUGGAAACAGCAAGUGUUUGUGAACUACACAGAUUGGGCUGGAACAUAUAUCUACCAAGCCAAGCCAUACAGAUUCACUCUCCAUGUGCAGGGGAGUGAAACUGCAGACUAUGAUACAGAUGGGGACAUUCAUGCUCGUUUUAAUGACGGAGAAGCAGUUCUGGAAUUGAGAGGAAGUUGGACACCUAAUCAGACCCCACUAGAGAGCAUGCCAAAGCCUUUAACAGGUCAACAAUUUCCUUCUAAGCUGGUCUUCACAGUCAAGAAAGUUGUUACUCCAAGCGAGAAAAUCAAGAGUGUUUAUUGGUCAAUUAUUGGUGAUGUCAUCACGCAAGACGGGAACUUGACAUAUGCAGGAAUUGUCCAGACUAAUACAACUGGCUUUGGCAACCUUACUAUGCAGCCUUAUACAGAUGAGCCAGUAACACCUCUGCCUUCAAGUACUAAGGACUCAAAUAGAACUCUAACAAUCGUACUUGCAGUCACAAUUCCCAUAAUCAUUGUCUUGCUCAUUUGCAUAAUUAUCGUCUGCUUAAUGCGAAAAAGAGGCUAUUGUAUCCGGGCACCAAAAGAGCGUCAAACAAUAGGAUUUGAAAAUCCUGUGUAUGAAUUCGCAAAUGCAAGUGAAAUGAAUCAUUCACACCCUUUGUGGUAGUCUUGUAAGUUUCUCCCUUAGGAGUCAAUGGGAGAUAGGUCAAAGUGACCUCAACAAUAGCUGGAUCAAGAGACAUUUUCAGUAAAUUCCUGCCAUCUUUAGGUGAACCAAAGAAACUAAGUAAUAUA